CACAGGCGGAGCAGUGCAACUUGCUCCGCUUUUGUUUUACUCUUGAAUUCUUAAAUUUGCCCCCCAUUAACCAAACCAAUUCACUCCAAUUGAUCUCUGCUAUUCUUUUUAUUCUCACUUUUUGACCGCUUUUGAGCAUUCACUCAUACAUCCCCUCCUACAGCAGGCAACAACAUCUCAACAACCUCAGCCUCAACCUAAUCCUCCACCGCAAACUACUUCUACUACAUCUCCCUUCCCUCCCCAGAACCAACAACCACCGUCACAACCACAUCCAUCCCUUAAUCCCGACAAAGAUAAAAUCAUGGCUUCCGACUCAGCUGCAAACACCCCCGGUGCCGACUCCGCCGCUGCAACCCCCUCCGCCACCACUCAAGUCCGUCCCGGCGGCGCCCCGAUAAGAAGAUACAUGAAUGAGAAGAUAGUGCCUCAUCUUCUCGAUGGGAUGACGGUCGUUGCGAAGGAGCAGCCACCCAACCCCCUCCGCGUCCUCGGCGAAUACCUCAUCCAGAAGAGCAACGAGGUCGAACAGCAGGGUGUUUCGAAGACUCCGGAGUAGACGUUCUUGCUUUAUCGACUACUUAUUGGUGCUGAAUGGCAAUGUGUGUUGUGCGCUACACAUGAGACAAUCAUCGGGCCCAGAAAUUAUCCAAAGCAUGGUGGAAUAAGACUGGAUGCAUACGUACAUCAGCAUGUACCUUCUGUACGUGACGCUGAUACUUUCAAGGUUCAUCUCCAUCUGCAUAGGAGUAACAAGGAGAUGAAUGCUGAUCCGCUCUAGUCUAGUCGUUCAGUCGGAGACGCACCCCCCACACAGAUGAAAUAGAAUGGUUGGUCUUGGGUAGCUUUGGCAUAUGGAGAGGUUACUUGCUCGCUAUGGGUUUCUACUCCUUAGGGCAGUGAAUGAGUUUAUCUUCGGCUCUAUGUCUAUAUUGGAUGGAGAUAAUGCGGUCAUGAAGUUAUGAUUUGGAUGGAUAUGUAUGAAGAAUUGGUUUGGUGGCUAGAUAUCUGUUGUCUUGGGAUUAUUAGGCACGGAUUUUCUCAUGGCCAGGCAGUCAUUGUGUGCUGCAUGUUGCCUAGAUACUAGACACCAGAUAAGAUUUUUGCUUCUACGCCUACGUUCUAUCUACGCCCCAACCAGAGGGUCCUAAAUUCUCCAUGUAAGGUACGGAAUGCUACAUAGGAGUACAG